AUGCUGCCGCUCGACUGCUUUCCUCAGAACUACCUGUCGCCUUCGCCCGCUCACGGCGUGCCGGGUUCGCUCUUCACGUGGUGCGCGCCUUUGCGCGCGCCGUCUCCCCUCCUCCUCGCCGUACCCGUCCCGCCAUCGCGCACAAGGGACAAGUACAGCAGCUUCGUCUGGAACGCGAGCAUCCUUCUCGCGGACAAGAUCGCGGCCAAGGAGAUCGAGGUCGAGGGCAAGCGCGUGCUCGAGCUCGGCGCUGGUUUGGGUUUGCCAGGACUCGUCGCGGCGCACGUCGGCGCCGACUUGGUCGUCCUCACCGAUUACGACGAGUCCGCCGCCCUCGACGACACGGCCCGUGCGGUCGACGAAGCGCUGCCGGUCGGCCUGCAGCGCAAAGUUUACGUCGUCCCGCACACCUGGGGGACUCGUAUCGACUCGCUGCUCAGCCUCGCGCCCUCGUACGACCUCGUCCUCGUCGCCGACUGCGUCUGGUCGCCGGCGCUGCACGCGUCACUUGUCGACUCUCUGCGCGCGCUCCUCUCCGCGAGCCCGCACGCGACGGUCUGCUUCUCGACCGGGUUCCACACUGGCCGCAAGCAGGUCGCGAACUUUCUCGCCGCCGCAGCAGACGCACACAUCGUCCCGGUCAACGAGAAGGAGUGGGCCGUCGGCGAGACGAAAGCUGUGCGAGGCUAG